UGUUGGAGGUGGACCGCAGCUGCCGAGGAGGUCCGUCCGGGCAGCCGCCAGGCCAUGGGGGGACACCUGCCGAGGAGCGGCGCCGCGCGCGGCAGCAAGUGCGCGCCGCCGUGCGGGCCAGAGGCGGCGUGCAGACAUUUCCCCAACAGCACGUCGCUCUGCGUGUGCGUGCACGACGCCUCGCCGGCCGCACCGGGUCGCAAGUGUCCGCGUGUCGCAAUUCCCGUGUCGCUGCGGUCAAUUCCAGUGAUAGUGCCGACCAAUGGGACAAACGGAUCGCUGUGGCGCACAUCUCUCCAACAGGCGCCGGGCCAGCUGCCCCCCAAGCCCACGGCGCCGUCGUGGGCGGCUGGCACGCUGCAGACGGCGGCCGCCGUGUCGCUGCUGCUGGUGGCGCUGCUGCUCAGCACAGCCGUCACCUGCAUCUGGCGGCGCCUGUUGGCGGUGCGAUCCGCUACUGUGCCUAGCGCUGCCCCGCAACAUUUCACAUUGUCAGAUGGCGAGGACGGGCUGAGCGGUACAGAGGAGUGCCUGCUGGAGGUGGAGCGCGACACGGCGCACGACGCCAGCCGCCGGCCACGCCCACCAGCCCCCGCUCCCUCGUGACGACAUCCGCUUCCUGCACCAGUCGGGCUCCGGCUGCUGCACACAGAAUUCCAUGUCGGCGAACAGCUGUUUUUGACAUGAACGAGCCAUCUUCUAAUAGCAUGACUGGAUCCUGCUCUAUGUUCUCUGAUGACACAUCAGAGUUUGAUGGGUGAUGGCAGUUACAGUUUUGGAGGCUGGUGUUAUGUGACCACCUAAACUUUUUACUGUCCACGAGGACCAUAAGGAUCACUUUUACUUUCCUGCAGCAACCUUUAUUCACCAAAGUAGUAAUCAGUGAAGCCAGUGACAGCCAUUGCCUGCAAUUGUUUUAUUCACUUCCAGUUCAAAUGCUCCUGUGUUAUGGCAGUUCUGUAAAAUUUGAAACAUUCUGUGUAUGAAGGCCUUGGCCUUUAAUACAAUGGGUGUGUUAUGUAUGUCUCCCAUGCUCUGCCUACAGUCAGAACAAUUUCCCAUCCAAAAGUAAUCUGGCACAAUCAUUUACUGCUAUGGAUCUGGCACCUCACAUAUAACACAGAUGCUACACAAGUAACAGAAAUAGGAACUACAUACAGACAACGUAAUAAUUUGUACAUAACAGCAGUUGCUGGCAGAAGGGAUAAUGACACCAUAACAUUCGACUAAAAAGAAAUGGUGAACCUGUUGCAGACUUCUAGUGAAAGCUUAUUUUAGCAUGGAAAGUAUUACUGAUACAUAAAACAGUACAUUAUUCUAAGGAAAAUGUGAAAAUAUUUACAUAGCUCAAAACUACUUAUUCUCAUACAAUAAUAAGAAUGCUGUCCUUACAUGCUACUGAAAAUGGAAGUGACAUGGAAUGAUGCUCAAAUUCUUUCCCCUUCAUUAUUUCACUUCUUCAAAUCUGCAGAGUGAUUAGCACAGGCAGCAGUGUGCUCCUGUUGUCCAAGAAACACUGCCUAGCUAAAACAUCAACUAUUAUCUGGUGAUGACUUACAAUAACAGAAGUUCAUAAUGCAAUUAAAAUAUGGUAGAGGAUUGUCAAAGUAUGUGUUACAUAUUUGUUCAAUCAUGACCAAUCAAUCUGUGACAGAAUAGUUCUGUAAUUUUAAAAUUACUGUAACUGUU